AUGCUUAAGACUCUACUCAGGAGUGGAAUUCGGUGUCAAAUCAGUGAUAGAGUGCCUUAUUUCGAGACAUGCGGUGAUUUUUUUGCCCGAUUUGUGGACCAGUUUGAGUCCGUCUCCUAUGGCAACAAACUGUUCAUCAAUUAUCUGUUGGUCUUCUUGCAGAUGAAAUGCAGUCCACUUUUUAAGACCAAAAUGUUUACUGAAUUUGUGACCACUUUUCGUAUAAUUCGGUUACCAUUCGAAGAGAUUUCGAUACCAAUGAACGACUUCUUGAUGCCAAUUGAAAGCGAUUGUCAAACACUGGAAGCGUAUCUCAAAGCACUUCUUUGCGGUGCCCUUCAGCCCAAAGAGAGUCCGAUUAUGUACUUAAUAGCUGUCCAUCACUUGAAUCAUCGGCUGUUUCGCGGGAAACCAGAGUUUAGUCCUAAAGAUAAGCCUAUUUUCGAUCGACUCAUACGAUCGGUGCAUAACUCCAAGAAUGACUUAUUAAGACAACACCUCUUAAGGUAUUCGCACUUUGAUCCGAAACAGCCGUACGGAAUGGCUAUCAGUGCCUAA